ACGCGAGACUGCAACUCCCAUCCAGCCUGCAGCUCCCAGUGACAUCAGUUCUGGACAUGGCUGAGCCAGGCUGCAGAGGAGCCACCGCAAUGUUGGCUGCAUGAUCCCAAGCAUGGACAAUCCGCUUCUUUCCCAGCUGGUGAAUGGGAUUUCCAGUGGCGUUCCACCUUCCCAGUCCAAACUCUACAGCAGCUGGUCUGUGUGUGACGAAGAAACCAAAACCCCGUCCAUAGCCGACUGUUUGGAGAAGAGUGCCGUGUUCACUUACCCCGACUCCGAAAACCGGACGGAUGUGUUCGGAUUGAUGUCAAACCUCCCAGAAGACGCAAACAAAAUUGAUGGUGUGACUGACUGGGACUCACUAUCUAGACUGUUCCCCCCACUGUGGGCUGCAAGUGACCACCAGAAUCUCUCUGAUUACCUUCCCAACAUCCUUCCAGGAAAUGUUGAUCUCUCCAACGUAAUUGGCUCCCAAGCCUACCAGGAACCUGCAAGAAAAUUGCCAGACAUCGAAAGCCUUCAGAGAGGGUUUGAGGACCUGGGCUUGCUGGAUCCUUGGGUUUCCAGCCCCGAAACCUGCAGCCCGCGGCUCGAAGACGUAUUCCAAGACCUCUACUUUGAAAAUCAAGCCUUGGAACUGAAUUCUUCCUUCCAGCCCAUCGAAUGGCCUAACCAGUCUGCCGACGGCUACGUCAAGUUUAAUGGAAGCACUGCUAACGCCUGCCCCAGCUCGCAGAAGAGGGCAAAAGAAUACUCCGGCGCGCCCCGGCCCUCAUGGAAAAACGACAAGGGGAGAGGCAAAUUCGGUAGGGGCAGCCCGACCGGUCAAACGAAUUACCCGCCUGGUGCAAGAGAAUGUUGGGGAAAAGAAACAUAUGCAAAAUCUUCCGGUGACUUUUCCCCGGUGUGUAUGAAGCCACCAGCAUUCCAGUUUAAUCAGCAAUUUUCUAAAACUCCCGGUUUCAAUCCGACCGUACAAAAGGCGCACUACAAGGAAGGGUCGGAAAGCUACAGUGGUUUCCCAAAGGUCAGCACCUUCGAAUGCCGUGAAAAUAUUACUCCUCAAGUCCAAAAGGAGUCCUAUGCAAAGUCUCCAGUUCCUUGUAUUAGCCCCAACGAGGGCUUCCCGUUGGCCAGCCAGGGACACAGGUGGUUAGAUGGCGAACCGCUGGGGACCCAGAAAACGGCAACCAGCCCUUUGCCGUCUCCCGCAAGCUCUAGCCUGUCAGAUGGUUCUCCUACCCAUUGUCCGGGGUAUUUCCCUCAACCGCCGUUGCCACCUUCUGCGAAAGAUGGACACUUGAAUGGAACGACCAACCAGAUACCGUUCUCCAGCUUUAUUGAUGAGAACCAGAGGCGCGGCAAGGGUUUCAGCCGCUCGUCUCCUAGUAAGGAGGGCAUGUAUCGGAAUACGGCGUUCGGUUAUCCACCCAACUGGUCACCGACUCAGCCGGGUUCAGGACAGAAUAACUCCGAACGGCUUCACAAACUGCCUAAAAGAGCAAACCCUCAAAACAACGGAAAUCCCGAUCGAAGAGGAAGAAGAACAUGGAAUAUGCCACAUGGCGGCGCCAAACAAAACCUGCCUCCUUGCAGCCCCUUCCAACGCAAACAGGAACCCAACCUGGGCAACAUGUCCGACUUUGUCAACGCCUCCUUUCUGCCUCCUUUUUCCCUGAUGUCUGAUUUGAAGCAGAAUCAGAAUUUUCCCCCCUUUAAUCCACAGUUGUUUUCUCCGACGUCAAAUAUGUCUUUUCCUCCCCCUUUCCCGUUUUCCGACCUCAUCGACCUGUUCCAUUACGAAGAUAUUAAUCAGAUCCAACCUUUUAUAAAUGACCUGUUCUGCGGUGAUAUCCCCCCGCCGUACUUUCCCUUUCCAGCCCCUUUCAACAGAUGCCGCCCUUCGAGAAAUCGCAGUGGACCUGCCAAUGAACUCCAUUUACAACUAGAGGAAUGCUGUGAGCAGUUCCGGGCUUUAGAGAAAGAAAGGAAAAAGACGGAAGCAGAGCUAGCUCGGAACUUCCCAGGAAACCGAGUUUCCAGCUCCUACAGCUCAGCAGUCCCGAGACUUCCAACCAAUCCAUCAAGAGUCGAUCGCUUGGUUGUGGAUGAGUUUCGAGAACAAGCCAGAGCAGUUUCGCUGGUGAAGAUCAUGGAGAGAAUCCGCGGAGAGAGCCUUCAUGUCAACGUCGCUCUUGCUUUGGAACAUCACCUGGAGGCCAUCCACUUGACACAGGCACGGCGCAAAGAUGAAAUAGUUAAUGCAGCCAAUCGGCAGAAGCAAGGAGCUCCUCGCUACAAUAAUGAGAGAGAUGUCUUGGCUUUGGCCGGCGCUAUGAAAGAGAUGGUGUCCACCACGCGCAAGGCCCGCACUGCCCUGUGGUGUGCUUUACAGAUCACUUUAUCCAAAUGCCCCUCUGGCAUCACUGUGAAGCCUGAAGACCUGGAGAGGGCCCUGCAGGAGCUGUGCCCUAACAAGACCCCCGGCAUGGAGGCUGAACCCUGCUCUGAUGUCGGCAGUGCUGGUAGAGAGUAAAAGGGAAACAACAAAAAAAAAAACACCUUGGUAUAAUCUACAGCCAUUUCUGGCAAUAAGUACCCUCCUCCUGCCAGGAAAGGGAGGCCGGCAUUAUUACCUUCGCAAGCUACCCUGGAUGAUUUUGGCCAUCAAACGGCAGCUUUAAUAGGAUAUCUUUGUAACAUUUUUGUAUAGGCACCUUCCGCUGCAUUUUUAUUGUGUUUCAACUAAGUGAAAACCAUGACCAGUGUUCCUUUCAUCCUACGCACCUCUGGGGGUUGUCUAGUCCCAAAACGAUCGUCAUUUGUCUUUUUUUAAAAGAAAAAAAAAAAGUGUUUUUGUUUUGUGCCAAAGAGGGGAAAUUCAGCCGUACGUAGGUCCGUGUAAAUUCCGUUUCCUUUACAACCAAAAUGCCUAAACUUUGUAUUUCCGUCAUGGUGGUUUUCGUUAAAUUCUUUUGCAUGGGAAGAGAGCACCCAUGGGUGCCAAACGUGUAAAUGCACGUCCAGCGUGUUUCGUCUCGGCUGGGGUAAGCUGUAGAAGUGAAUGUGGACUGUAGCAUCAGUGCCCGACUUACAUUUCAUAGAGCUGAACUCCAGGCAGAUUUAUAAGGGCACCAGAGCUCUUCAACCUCAGUGGCAAGGCCUACUUAUUAAAAGGUGUCCCCCUCCCACCUUAAAAUGCUGCACCUGUGGGGGGAACAAUGCUUAGAUAUUAUACUCACCUUCCAUAGUGCAGGGGGUGACAUCCCUGACUUCCAUAGUGUGGCAGGUGACAUCCCUGACUUCCAUAGUGUGUGAGGUGACAUCCCUGACUUCCAUAGUGUGUGAGGUGACAUCCCUGACUUCCAUAGUGUGGGAGGUUACAUCCCUGACUUGCAUAGUUUGGGAGGUGACUUUCAUAAUGUGGGAGGUGCCAUCCCUGACUCCCAUGGUGCAGGAGGUGACUUCCAUAGUGUGGGAGGUGGCAUCCCUGACUUCCAUAGUGCAGGAGGUGACAUCCCUGACUUCCAUAGUUCGAGAGGUGACUUCCAAAGAGUGGGAGGUGACAUCCCUGACUUCCAUGGUGCAGUAGGUGACAUCCCUGACUUUCAUAGUGCAGGAGGUGGCAUCCCUGACUUCCAUAGUUCGAGAGGUGACUUCAGUACUGCAGGAGGUGACAUCCCUGACUUCCAUAGUUCAAAAGGUGACUUCCAUAGUGUGGGAGGUGACAUCCCUGACUUCCAUGGUGCAGGAGGUGACAUCCCUGACUUCCAUAGUUCGAGAGGUGACUUCAGUAGUGCAGGAGGUGACAUCCCUGACUUCCAUAGUGCAGGAGGUGACAUCCCUGACUUCCAUAGUUCGAGAGGUGACUUCCAUAGUGUGGGAGGUGUCAUCCCUGACUUCCAUAGUGUAGGAGGUGACUUCCAUAGUGUAGGAGGUGACUUCCAUAGUGUGGCAGGUG